GGUAGGGCAUGAAUUAAAUGUGAAAUUGCCCAUCUAGUUCAAGCAAUCCAUGUUAUUAAGCUUUAUCGCACCUAACAACAACUCGUGAAACACAGACGAACUUGUUUAUUUGUGUUUAUAUAAUCGAAACCUGUAUUUAUUCACAAAAAGCAAAAAAUGUUAAUCUUUGCCCUUGAAGAACUUCGCAAAUUCUUUACUGUGAACCUGGUUGAAGAAGAAUUGGAAUGCUGUUGUAAAUAAAUCUGUGCACACGAUAAGCGGAUGACCUUAACAAUCAGUUUCGAUACCACAAGUUUAGUACAAUGUUCAAAACCGUCAAGAUGCUAGAACGGACAUGUUUGCUGCUUUUCAUUGUGCGCGCUUUUGCCUAUGCCAAUGAUGUACUGCCAGAAGCACCUAAUUGUGGACAUCAAAUAAUUGAUUCUGCCAUGGAACUAAGACGUGUUGCUCAGGAAGGUGAAUUCCCAUGGACAGUUUUACUAAAAUAUGAUGGUGAUAACCCGUUUAUAUGUGUGGGUUCCUUAAUUAACGACAGAUAUGUACUGACGUCGUCGGUAUGCGUUAGUGAAAAAAAUGACAUAAUGAUUGGAGCGGUAGUUGGUGUACACCGUUUACACGACGAAGCCCAUAGUAAGUUCUACGGAAUAGAAAGGGUAAUUCCGCAUGAGCAGUUUAAAGGUGGAAAAAAACAAUUCGGCCACGAUAUAGCGCUGAUCAAGCUAAACGAUACUGUUAAAUAUUCAGAUUAUGUACAACCGAUCUGUCUAUCAAAAUCAGCAUCAUUAGUACAACCAGAAGAUAAAGUGAUUGUGACUGGAUGGGGUAUGAAUGCCGAAGGCGAUCCAGUGAACAUUAAGAAGGUGAUCGUUCGCCGCGUUAUCGCUAACGAUGUUUGCCAAGAUAAGUUUGUCAAGUACAAUAUUACUGUUGACGAGGGUUAUCUUUGUACUGACACCCUGAAGGAUUUCAAGGAUUACAGUUGUGCCGGGGAUGCGGGCGCUCCUGUUGUUGUUAAAAGUGGUGGAACAUGGUACCAAGUCGGCAUCGUUUCGUUUGGUAUUACCUGCGGUCACGAUUUCCCAGAUGGCAACACCAGGAUCUCUAAAUACAUUCCGUGGAUAACUUCCAAUUUAGUAUAAAACCGUUUUUGAUAUUCUGGCGCAAUUACCAAUGGGUAUGCGCGCAUCAUUUAUCUCAUUGACGUAUUAAAGUACUUCAUCCGA